GUCUGCGGCGCACCGCACCGAUGGCUUCCGUGCUGUCCUACGAAAGCCUCGUCCACGCCGUGGCCGGAGCCGUGAAUGCCACAUCCAAUGAAAAUCUUGAUAGGUGAAGUAGAGACAUUUUCAGAUCAUCAAAAACAGCUUGCCACUAGCAAGAUCCUCACUAGAAGAAAUUUUGAAGGAUGUUCUUUGUGCAGAACGGAAGCGUGACAGCAAUGACAGUAUUUUUUCCCUUGGAUACAGCUCGACUUCGACUUCAGGUUGAUGAGAAAAGAAAGUCUAAAACUACACACAUGGUGCUCCUGGAGAUCAUUAAAGAAGAAGGCCUCCUGGCACCAUAUCGAGGGUGGUUUCCAGUUAUCUCCAGUCUCUGCUGCUCCAAUUUUGUCUAUUUCUACACUUUUAAUAGCCUCAAAGCAGUCUGGGUCAAAGGUCAACAUUCUACUACUGGAAAAGAUCUGGUAAUUGGAUUUGUUGCAGGAGUGGUGAAUGUGUUGCUAACAACUCCACUCUGGGUAGUAAACACCAGACUAAAGCUGCAAGGGGCAAAAUUUAGGAAUGAAGAUAUUGUACCAACCAACUACAAAGGUAUUAUUGAUGCUUUUCACCAGAUCAUUCGAGAUGAAGGAAUCUUGGCUUUAUGGAAUGGCACAUUUCCCUCCUUGCUGUUGGUCUUCAAUCCUGCCAUCCAAUUCAUGUUCUAUGAAGGUUUAAAGCGGCAGCUUUUAAAGAAACGAAUGAAGCUUUCUUCUGUGGAUGUGUUCAUCAUUGGUGCAGUAGCCAAAGCAAUUGCCACCACAGUCACCUAUCCCUUGCAGACGGUACAGUCGAUUCUGAGGUUCGGACGUCACAGACUAAACCCAGAAAACAGAACAUUGGGGAGUCUUCGUAAUGUUCUCUAUCUUCUUCACCAACGAGUAAGGCGUUUUGGAAUAAUGGGACUCUACAAAGGCCUUGAAGCCAAACUGCUGCAGACAGUCCUCACUGCUGCUCUCAUGUUCCUUGUUUAUGAGAAACUGACGGCUGCUACCUUCACAGUUAUGGGGCUGAAGCGUGCACACAAGCAGUGAGACACCUUACCCUGCAAAGUGCAGAAAGAUGCUCAACAGGGGGGCUUCCUUCUGUGUAAAAAGAAGCAGUUCUCCUUUUACUCUUGCUCCUUCCACCACACAUUUUACCCUCCUGGGCUUGAAACUCAUCUAAGGGGAAACGUAGAGUUAACUAGCUGGCCCUCUUGCCAACUUAAUUUUUAUGAUGGUUGGUUGGAUUUUGCAGGGGGGCUUGGACUAAUGAUCAUAUGAAAAGAGCACAUUGUUGGAAACCUAAAAAUGAAAGUUUGUGGGGGUUCUUUGGUUUUCUUAAGGGGAGUGGACUAUUGCUCUCAUGUAAUCUUUUCCAGUUAAAAUUUUUCUUAAAUUUACCAGCUGUUCUCUUUCCCCUCCCCCAGGUUCUAGGAUAAAUUUAAUACCAUGUAAUUCUCAUAUACUUUUGUAUAUCUUAAUCUUGGUAUGUUCCUCGCUAAAAAUAAUAUUAUGACUAUGCCGUGGGCAUGACUUUAUUUUUGUUGGGCUUUUUAACUCCUACUUAAGGAAAGAUGUCUUCUUUAGUACAUGAGCUAUUUAUUUUGUGGGAGAAAUGAAAAUUAUUAAUCCUAAAUCAUUCUCUUAUAAACUAUUUGUAAACAU